UUGGCAGUUAUGAUAAAAAAAAACAGAUUUAUGUGCCAAAGGAAACUUCGCAGUGGGAACAUUUAAAAAACAAAAACAUGAAGGAGUCAGUACAGCUGGAAAAUAUGAAUUAUAUAGACAUAAUGUCAAAACUGAAUAGAGAUAAGGUUUUCUUUAAUGAUAGAACGUUGGUAUUUAUCGUGCAGAAGUAUUAUGUACAACCUCCGUGUAAACUACCGUACAACCUUUCUCAUCCAAAAAUACGGAAUCCGUCGCCCGGGCAAACACAGUUUAUAGACGAAUAUUUAAAUCAUAAACAAAAUGGAUUUUGUGUUGACUGUGGAGCUUUCGAUGGAGAACAUUUAUCGAACAGUUUGUUCCUUGAACGGUAUCGCAACUGGACUGGCAUUAUUAUUGAACCUAACCCUACAACAUACGGUUUGCUGCGACAGAAACACAGAAAAGCAUAUUCUCUCAAUGCUUGUCUUUCAUUAAAUAAAUAUCCUUCACUUGAGAGGAGUGGGAUAGAAGGGGGAGAGGGGGCUAAGGGUGGGAGUUGGGUGAGUGGGGGACGGGGGGUGGGGGCGUGGACGUUGGAGGGUGGGGACAAGGUGUUUGUUAUAAUAGAUGUAGCGCUUGAGUUUUUACGGAGAAAUAUCAUUGCCGAAAUCGACUGA